CCAGAAAAAAAAAGAUGAAAAUGGGAAUCGCCAGUUUCUAUCCUACCCUUUCCCUCAUAGUUCUGUCCACCCUCUUUCGUACCUCGAAUGGCUUGGUUCCUUCCAACUGUGAUAGACCACCGGCCGUUCAUUCGGCAUGGCACGCUAACCACAUGGAUGAUUACCUUCAGAAUUACCCCCAGGCUGGCUCGCUAACCUUCCAGGAAUACCUCAACCAAGUUGGCGUCCACGAUUUCUCGUGCGGCAUCGGCAAAGACUGUGAACUAACGAGACGGGACAGCUGUAACCAGUCAAUCAAUGAUUCGGAUUGGUUGAUCCUUGAAUCUGUGGCCAACUGGAACACUUAUGUGAACUCCUUAUCGACAGAGACUGAUAGGAUAGGAACUGAAUUGUUCACUGAUGUCGCUGCUAAGAUGGCUGGAUUUUUGGACCAGCCUGAUCAACCCCCUCGAGCUCAUCUACGCAAGCGAGGUGUUGGCCAUGAUGUCACCAAGAUCGAGAAGAUUCCCAACGACAUCAAACUUGCAGAGGCAGAACGACCGACUGGUGAUUUCGAAGUUGACCCUGUCGAGAUCAAGAAUGGCUUAAAAGCACCUCUGGUUACUCGGGUGGUCCCAGAAUCAAAAAACUUAGUACCAUUACAACUUCCCUCGAUGUGGCUCAGAGUGACGAGGUAUCUGAAAGAGUUUGCAAGCCGAGGAUCUUUGGGAAUUCGAAAGAUGAUGAGGUCGAACAAAAACGGGCUUCCGCCGGUACCAUUUUUUCCGAGCGAAUUAAGAGUGGUUGCGGAUGGAGCAGAUGACCAGGAGGCAUUGGCCCGCGAUGCCCAAAAGUUAGAGCUUUUGAAAACUUGGCGGUCGGCCUAUUCCAAGCUGAUGAAUAAUCAAGUACCGUUGGACGAAAAAGUCAAAGGAGAGCUCCUACAAGAGCUGUCCAAAUAUCUUGCCGAAUGGAACAAGCUAUCUCAGGAGGAGUUCAAAUGGGUGAACGAACAAAUCAAAAAGCAAAGUCAAGCCGAUCUUGCAAAGUAUCAGCAGGCGGUUCGCCAGAGGGCAGACUUAGAGGGAGAACGGGACGGAUUGACAGCCAGUGACGCCACCGACAUCAAGGUGAAAAACCAAGCCUUGGGCGAGGUCAAGAAAGCAGGAAAGUACCUUGACAAAGCACAUGAUGAAGUUGAAAAAGCUAGACAGAAGAGAGUUGAAACGCUCAACAAACUCAUUGAAGACCAAGAUCGGAUCAUAGAGUCCUUGAUGACUCCCAAAGGCACCUGGGCAUUGGACCCUUCGCAUGUUGAGUCUACUCCGGAACUACCACAUUCCCUGGCAGGGGUGAAAAUCUAUCCACCCCCAUCACCAGCACGAUUGGAACCUAAAGAAUUGUUUUCUAAGCGAUCAGCCCAUCUUGCGUAUGAGAAGAACCUCUUGAGAAAACGAUGGAGCCAAUUAUAUCAAGCAGCGAUCCGCCGCAAGGUUGGCGAAACGGCCCAACGAUCCAAAGCAAGGCUAGAAGAGCUGGUCAAAAUCAUCGAGCAAUGGAAAUUAUUAGAUAGGGAACACCUUCUGACCCGACGGAUCGAAGCCAUGCAAGCGCUGAUCGAUCAUAACACUCAACAGGUGCCCAAGAAGAAGAUCCUGGAGGUCUAUCGUAGCCUUCAUAGUCUCUGGAUGCCACAUGUCGCCCAGCUAGCCGACUUGAAAGAAAAACAUCCUAAGGAAGUUGCAGAAGUGUCUGCUCUGUUUCCAAAUAGGUUUAUUCAAUUAGCAACCCACGACGCCAGUGUUGAACUCAAGCAAAGGAUGCAGCAGAAAGCGCCGAAGAAAAGUAAAACAAAAAGAGACUUGAGCUCCGUUCCAAGCCAGAAAAAAUUAAUCGAAGGUCAUGAAAAAUCAGCGGUCCUAAGUAAAACAAAAAGCUUGGUUCGGAAGAAUGUCAAGAAGAUUUUAACCACUACCUCGUUGGAUGGUCGGCGCAAUCAUCACAGCUCCCAUCAAGGAAUCUUCAACAUUAUUCAGCAUGGUCGAUUCCUUUCGGGCUUUGAUUUCGAACUCCUCGUCCAAGACUUGGAAUUAUUGAUCCAGUUGAGCUUGGUUUCCAGGAUGCUCCAAAAAGCUAAUGCAUACGUAUAUGUGGAUGUUUCAGCAAAAUGUGACCCUCAAAGCUACCAAUUUCGCAUAAACGAUCACAGCGCAUCAUUUUGCGGCUCGCAAGAGAUUGUUCAUACAAUCACGGUCGAAGAACACAAUCUCAUCGAGCACGAUUUCCCAAAUCUAAACUUGAGAGACUUAAAUAAUGCCUUAAGUUCCAAUGGCUAUCAGCUAUCCACGAUCAUUCAUUUGGCUUUACAAUGCCAUCAUUCAAAGGCAGGGGCCAUCAACGACGAAAUUGACGUUUAUCCAAUGCCGUCGUCCAAAUCUUUGGUUCGCUUAACUGGGGUUUCGAUGUGCAUGGUCGAACUACCUGUUCACUAUCAAGCUACUAAAUGAUACUCCCUCGUGUUUUGCUGAUCUAGAGAUCGGUAACUCAUGCAUGAGCGUACUCUCGAAAACGGAUACGGAUUUUUCCUCUUUCUUUUUCCUCUUUUUUGUUUGCUUUCACAUGAGCUCAGCCGGUGGGAAAUCCAAUCGGAACGAUAGGAUACAUCCACAAGGACAAAAAAAUAGAAAUAAAAACCAAAUACCAGCUGGCACAAGCAGAUUAAAAAACUAGCACACUAGCAACCUCAUUCAUUGUUUUUUCUUUUCUUUUUUCUUUCGGUGUUUUGUAUCUAGCUUUUUUGCAGUAAUAACCAAGAAGUAGAAUGGUUGUCUUUUGCCGAUUUACAAUCCUCAGAGCUUGCUUCAUUGUGGCUAAAGGCAUUAACAACCCUUACCAAAUUUCCCAGGGAACUUGCAGAAGAAACUAUGUGGAAGGCACGAUGUUGAACUAGGAUGCAGAUACAUAAUCUGACUUGUUAGGCAAGGAAUAGAUGCUCUUUUGGUGAUGAUACUUUCCUGUCAACCACCAACAUCAUCAUCAAGCUUCAAAAAUAUAAAUAUGUAUUUCUAAUGGUUCAUUCAAUUACCCACACCCCUGCAAGCCAUUUUUUUCCCUGUAUUGUUUACAUCAUGUUUGCUGCCAUUUCAACCCUUGAAUUGUUGGAAAAUUAUCCCUUUGUGAAUUUUGGACAAGGGCAUAGCUCCCAAUCUU